AUGAAUCAAGGAUUCGCUGCAGAUUUUAUUGCGCCAAAUACAAUUUCGCCGAUUGGUAAUCUAAGGAGGACGUUUAGCAGUGAAGAACAUCAUAUGUAUGGUAAUGGUAUGGUAACCUCUAUUGACACUAAAGAGAUCAUUACCCCUCCGGGAUCUACAGUUAGGGGCAAGAAUAAAAAAACAACAGGUUCUCUGAAACAUCCAUUGUCUCCAGAGUUUUCUUCGCCCAUUACUCACUCGAAAAGUAAGAAACAAAAAUCAGAAAGCAAUACAACAAGAUCGAAUGGUAAUUUAACUUUAGAUGAAUUGAUCGAAUCGUUGGCUAUAAGAAACUCACGUGAAGAAUUGCAUACUAAACCUCCAUAUUCGUAUGCAACAUUGAUUAGUUUGGCAAUUUUGCAAUCCCAAGAUGGUAAGCUAACAUUGGCUCAGAUUUAUAAUUGGAUUUCGGUUCAUUUCACAUAUUAUAAACAAAAGGAUUCUGGUUGGCAAAAUUCCAUUAGACAUAAUUUAUCAUUGAAUGAGGCUUUCAUUAAGACUACAAAAGCCGAUGAUGGGAAAGGUCACUAUUGGGAACUUAAGCCAGGUUAUGAAACCAAGUUCUUCAAAAAUGAAAAUAGAUCAGUUGAACAAGUUAAAGCAAAACUUCAGGAGAUGGAAAAAUAUUUCCAGUCAGGUGCAGUUCCACAUUACUCUAAAUCAAAUCAAAAUGAUACUGACUCUGAAGAAUAUUCAGCACCCUCAAGUGCUAGGGGUGGUUCAAACUUCAGAACAAGUUCUUCUCCAUUAAAAUUUGCUGCCAUACAUCAAGAUUAUAAUAUUGUUAAUAAUGAAAUGGAAGUGACGCCUUCCUAUCCGAUUAGCAUGUCACCAAAUACUGCUUCUUUACAGCCUGUACCAACAUUGAAUUUUGGAGUGAAAUUUUCUAGUAACGAAGCCAAUACAAAAGAUAGGUUUACAGCAAAGAGAUUUCAUACCACAUUAGGUUUUCAAAGAAAUCAAGAUAAGAACAUAGCUUUAUUUGAUGGUGGAAUUGCUGGUAAUUCGCUUUCUUCAUUAGGUAUACCAUCAGGUUCUGAUUUAUUAAAAUCGCCACAAAAUAUACAAAGAUAUACCUCUUCAUUUAAUUCUAGCUUUGAAACGUCUCCUUUACCAAGUAUACAAAGAAGGAAAUCAAUUGCUGGUGUCAAUACUAACGAUAGUACACAGCUGAAUACAAAUGAAGAUUAUUCAGGGUCUUCCAUUUUGUUAGCUCUGCCACAGCCUGUUGGAACUGAUAUGUUGAAAACUCCAAAAAUUAAAACGACAGGCAUGUUUGAAAAAACACCUGUACGCUUUAUUACAACCCCAAGAGAUGAUGGCUCACUAUUAAAAAAAUGGCAAACCCCAUCCAAUAUAUUUGAAGAUUUCUACUGUUCACCUCUAUUUAAAGGAAUGGGAACACCAAUAAAAUUCAGCAGCACUCCAAAUGGUGCAUCAAAUAAAAUAUUGUCACCAUCAGGUAAAUUAUCUCAAGAUAAUGUAUUAAAGGAUUCCAAUAAAUCACAAUUAUCAUCAAAUGGUUUAUUUGGUGUAGAUGUUUAUUCUGUUUGGAAGAGAGCCACCGAAAACAAAUCGGAAGCUAAGAUACUUGAUGAGAAACUGAGCAAAUUCUCAGAAGUAGAAGAGAAAAAACAAUAG